AUGGCGUCCGCGAAACAGAUCAACGUCACUGAGUAUCAAGCUCGAGUGUACUCUUUGUUGCGACAAAUACCAGCAGGAAAGAUUUCUACAUACGCAGCCCUAUCAAAAGCACUUCACUCGAGUCCUCGAGCUGUUGGCGGUGCACUUCGACGCAAUCCGUUCGCCCCAGAAGUGCCUUGUCACAGAGUGAUCGGCGCAGACGGGUAUGUUGGCGGCUUCAAGGGCGAAUGGCAGAAAGCCCCUUCAGGUGUCAAUCAGGAACUGAAGUUAGACCUCCUCAAGAAGGAGGGCGUAACGUUUGACGAGAAGGGCUUUCUCGUGGAUCGCUCUAGGCUAUGGGCUGAAUUCGACGUCGAGUGA